AUGGACAAGGACGCCAUGGACAAGGAUGUCCCCACUGAAGUCAAGAUGGAAAAGGAUUGUACUGCUGAGACAGACUUGGCUCUCCCUGAAGCUGAGAAACUCGCAAAGGCUCAUAAAUUACAGGAAGCCUUUGAUGUACUCCAACCAGUAGAAAAACUCACUAGAGGAAUGGGCGACUUGGCAAACAAUACUAAAAUAUUGACUACAUAUGUUCGAAUGGCUUACGAGGCAAAGGACUACAAGCAAUUGAACGAGGUCGUCAUCAGUCUAUCAAAGAAACACGGGCUCCUCAAACAGGCUGUGACAAAGAUGGUGCAAGCAGUCAUCACCUACUUGGAAGCCAUAACUGACAUGAAGACCAAACUCGAUUUGAUUGAAACUUUGAGAACUGUCACUGAGGGAAAGAUCUAUGUUGAAGUAGAACGGGCUAGACUUACCCGAGUCCUCUCCAAAAUCAAGGAAGACGAAGGCAAUAUAACAGAAGCUGCCGACAUCUUGCAAGAAUUGCAAGUCGAAACUUUUGGUUCCAUGGAUCGUCGAGAAAAGACAGACUUUAUAUUGGAGCAAAUGAGAUUAUGUUUGGCAAAGAAGGAUUACGUCAGAGUGCAAAUCAUUAGCAAGAAGAUUGGAUUAAAGUUCUUUGAACAUGCCGAGCACCAAGACCUCAAAUUGAGAUUCUAUGAAAUCAUGAUCAAACAUGCUCUACAUGGAGACAACUAUCUAGAUGUCUGCAAAUACUAUCGAAGCAUAUAUGAAACCCCUUGUAUCAAAGAAAAUAUUGAAAAGUGGGGUGAAGUAUUGACGAACGUAGUCAUGUUUAUCAUCCUGGCUCCAUACGAUAAUGAGCAAUCAGACCUCAUUCAUCGUAUCUAUGAAGACCCAAACUUGGCAAAAGCACCACUCUUCAAGCAAUUGGUCAAGGGCUUCAUUACUGAUGAGUUGAGCGUGUGGGGAAAGAUUGAAAAGAACUAUGCUGCUACACUUCAGCAAUCCUAUGUUUUUGCUCCUGCCACUGAUGAUGGCGCAAGGAGAUGGAAGGAUUUGCAUUCACGAGUUAUUGAACAUAACAUUCGUGUGAUUGCCAAGUAUUAUACACGCAUCACAAACACUCGAUUGACUCAAUUAUUGGAAUUAUCUGCAGCAGAAGCUGAAGAAUUUCUCUCCAAGCUGGUAGUAUCCAAAACCAUUUAUGCCAAAAUUGAUCGACCAGCUGGUAUUGUAUCCUUCGUUCCACGCAAAGAUCCCAAUGCUGUAUUGAAUGAAUGGUCUACCAACAUCAACUCCUUGUUGGAAUUGAUUGUCAAGACACAGCACUUGAUUACAAAGGAGGAAAUGGUGCAUUCAAUCACCAAACAAAUCGAGGCUUGA